AUGGAGAAGACAGUUGGAAUCAAGUUCACCAGUCUCAGGGACUGUUUCACAUUUCUGAACUGGUUGAAGAAUAAAAAGGAGAUGCAUGAGCCAGUGGCCAACAAACUUCAUGAUCUUCUAGAACCAUAUUAUAAGAAUAUUGAUCGCCAUAAAAUCAAUUCAGAUUUGUCCAAAUUUCUCUCCAACGUAAACAAAAUUUACGGGAAAUUAGUAUACGUAAAAGUAGAUGACACAGCCUCAUUUCUCCACGAGGAAAAGCUGAAAAGCGCAUCAAACAUCGUCUACGCCCUUUUAGAAUGCCUUCCCAAGUUCCUUGCCGCAAUGUACUAUCUUUGGUACUGCGUAAAUCCAACUUUCGAGGCGCUGGGCGGCGGGGGGUGGAAGUUAGAUUGGCCUGGGUGGGAAAAGGAAUGGUAUUAUGGUUCAAGUGGCGGCGAACUGCAAGAAUAUCUCAGAUCCAAUGACUCUAAAAGGUACAGUGGCUUAAUCCCCGGUGGGUUCAAUGCACGCGAAGUGAAAUACUGGAAUAAUAUUAGUUUCAACUAUGAAUAUCGCCAAGGUUUUAAUAUGGCUAAUGACCUCAAAAAUAUUUUUGAAAAACACGAUGGCCAAUUUUUGCGUGACGUGUUCGCCACUUCGGUCUUGCCCCAAAAUUCUGGAGCCGAUACUCCUAAUACUGCCAACGCUGUUGGCUUGGUUGGAGUUUUUUGUGAUAUUGUGAUGAAAGAAGAUUCUGACACCGGAGCCUUAAAAGCAGCAUUAGAUGAGGAUAUUAAGCGACAUGGAAAAUGCAUAAAUUGGCAAGACUUAAAAUCCCAUUGUCAAAGGCUCAAAGAAGCUCAAAUUAAUCAAUUGUUUAACGAUCGAGAUUUCAACCACACGGGCCAGUCGCAGAUAGUUGACCAAAUCAACAAGAAAGAAUUUGCGAAGGAAACUGCGAGAUGGUUGAGAGGGAAUUUGGAUAAAGUGAGGGCGAAUUUGCAACGUAUUAGCACCACUUACGGUGUCAUCCACAAGACAAAUACCAGUGAUAUUGCAACCUACUUUACCCAAAACGUCUUCCCUUAUGGUUUCAUAUUUGGUUUCAAACACCAUGAGACGCGGAGCAAGAAUGCAAGAACAUUGCUUCAAAAAUUGCGAUAUGUAAUCGAUACGCUUAAGGAAAAGCACAAAGGCAUUUUGGCGAGGCUUGUAGAAAUUCUAAAUGGUGGAAAGUGCCCAACUCCCCAGGUUUCGUCUCCGAACCCCCGACCCAGGCCUGCGCCUGCGCCCCCACCCCGGUCAUCUGAUGGUGGUAACGGUGUAGCGGAAAAAGGUGGGGAUGCUCGUGGGAGGCGGCCUGGUGCCAAAGGAAGUCAAGGUAGUAGAAGAUACAUACGGGUGAAAGGUGUAAAAAAGGUCCGUAAAGUUGGUAAACGAAGAAAAGUUCCAACGAAGCCACCUCAUGUGCCAGGGCCUAUGGGGCCCUCAGCUUCACCAUAUGAGCAAGUGGUUAGUGCUGAAGAAAAUAUUGACUCUCAAGAUACUGAGGACCAUGAUGAUGAAGAAGAUUCAGACUCGUCAGACUCCGACGACGAGGAAGACCAAUUAGGGCUUGGUGAUUCAGGUAUGGAGAAUCUCGGCAAUUAUUCGCAGCCACAAGAUGUAGUAGAUAAGGCUAAACAGUUGCUAAGAAAAAUAAAAGAUGCUCGAAAACAAAAGAAAGAUGAUGCAGAUGCGGAGCUUAGACGUAAACAGGUUCUUGACGAACAUCUACGUCAAUGGCAAGAGUACCAGGACACCUUUCCCUAUUUAGAGGGGAAUAGCGCUAUCCCUCCGGAGCCCGUUUAUGUCUGGCUCGAUGGAGACAUUUAUGACGAUGGUUCUGAGCUUUUACGGCGGCAAGAGGAUUUUGCAAUACAACAAGAUACUGACAUUAAACUAUACGACAUGUAUGAACAGUUGCGCAAUGUUUCAUUCACUGGAACGACCGCUGACGACGCCAGGGGAAAUCAGAGGGCAUCCGACCCCCAGGUUCUGGCUCACAUUGGAGUUCCAACGGGCCGUUCGUUGCAAUCAUCAGAUACAACGGUACAAAUGCCACUUAACAUAAACUUCACAGGUCAGGCUGCAGCAGAAUCAAAAGGUGCAUCGGAUACUCUGCUUCCACAGAUUUUUACGGCUAUUGGUUACCCUUUAGAUGCCAAGAAAGAGAAGAAUUUCGUGCGAUAUAAUCCGCCUCCUGCGUGUACAGCUCCGUCUAAGUUAAGUAGUGGGUACCGACAAAGCAUUGCCGUAAGACAAAAUAAGCAUCCAGUUUUUGCCCAAGCGCCUCUCGCACCCGUGACGGCGCAAUUCGACGACCCAUCCAUGGCCAAAUUUUUGAAUGUCUCCGGCACAACCCUGAUGAGUUCUUCUAAAAGCGACGCCAUCGUUCCAGAAUUCGAGAGCAUUAUGUUGUCCAUGACACCAAUGCCGGAUUUCAAUGUAACACCCAUUCCUGAUUCCAACCUAAAUACUAUGAUUCCCAAACUCUAUUUAGACCCCCUACCUCCAAUAAAUUUAGAAGUUGCGGAUGCAUACAAGCAACGCAAAAUUCUAGACCCACUUGAGAUUGAUAUUCACGUCCCCAAUCGCACAGUUACGGACCCCUCAUAUGACAUAAACUUGGCUUAUGGUCUUUCGCCUCUUCCAGACGUCCAACCACUCGAGUCCAUUAGCCCAUCUAUUCCCACCAUCCUACUCAAUUUAAAGCCACCUGAAGUUGCGCUGCGUUCCCCACGCACAGACAAUACAAUGAUUAAUACAGUCACAUUGGAAGACAAAUGUGAUGCUCCCUGGAUCACCCAGACACAUACGCAUGACCCUACCGAAAUUCCCGAGACGGAGCUUUUCCCCUCCGAGGCGCCGCGCACGGCCAAGGAGAUGCUUGUUUGGAUGGCAGGACUGCGGAACGCAAAGCAGCAAGAGACUCUGAAACAGUGUAUUAACAACGCUUUCAAUCGCGAAAAUGAUGACGCUUCAGAUCUCCGACUCUCUGUUAACGGUGCUGAGAUGCGCCCUGAAAAUGUCCUUCACACCAUUAAGCUUGUCGCCAUGUUCGCAGCAUCAGUGCUCUCCGCCGUCGCGCCCAAGUGGAGAGUGGCAAUAUCGUCUGUACCUUUAGCGUCUAAGGACUCAGACCAAUCCAAGGACCCUGAUUGCUGCGCCCUCCUCUGCCAGCUGCGGGACUACGUCUACACCUGCUGCCACCAGUUGGCGUUCUUAAAGUCGCAGUGUAAUCGGAAGGAAUCUGAAGGUGGCUGGCAGGAUUGUCAAUAUGGUUUUAAUAUCAAAGGUCCCUCCCCCCUCCAGGCCUUCCUGACUGACGCCUCGGAGUCCAAGUUCAAGACUCAUCCCUUCGACCCGGGUGACAUCUGCCUCAUGAGCCGCGUCAACAUGGGAUUCAGUAAGGAGGAUUUGCCUACGAAAUCACAGAACGGCGAAUAUAUUUUCACCAUCCUCACUCCAACCUGCGGCGGAGAUGACCCUUUGCUCACACUGUCCUCUUACCUCAACUGCCUCACCCACCGGACGCCGCGCACCACCGGGGAGCUUGUCUCUUUCUUCCACAAUUUAGGGAAUACGCUUCAUGAUGCAUCUUCACAGUUGUCUCCACUGGGCUCCGCCCUCUCCAAGCCACAUGGCCACUGCCCCGGCUGGGACCGCCUUGGUGACGCCGACCUCAAUGCAAUCAAGGACGUCCGGGGCUCAGCCUUUCCCAACUCCAUCCACGAUCAAGACCAUCCCAUGACCCUGUCCACACUGCUUGGUUGCGGCAUCAAUAAUUUCAAGUGCCCACAACUCACGAAGCCCAUCACCUACCGGGCCUACGCCCUGUACUCUUCCAGCUUCGUCCACACCUACCUCAGCUGGACGGUGUAUCUCACAGACAGACUGUGGGAGUCACUGCUCAAGCUGCAAGAUGAUCUCAAUAAGCUUCAAUGUUCCAUGUUCAAGCCCCUCCACCAGUGUGACAAGGCCCUGCCCCUCCUCUACUCUCACGGCAUCACCCCGCCAGACGGGGCACUGCAGUCCUCACUCACGUGUUCCGAGGUCAUCGCCAAGCUGAGGGAAGUGGUCAACGGCGAGACCAUAGCAAGGCUUAUGACAUCCAUGGACACAUUACUCUACAGCAUCCGUGCGCCCUUCCUCUACACCAUCGUCACACUCUGGCUCACCGCCACGCUCUACAUCGCCCACUCACUCCUCUACCGCCUGGACGUGCUGCGCAUCCGCUCUCACCUCCUCACCACCAAGGCCUCCCAUCUCAUCGACGUCAAGGCGCUACUCUCCACCAGCCGCAAGAUGCUCUCACUCGACAGCGACGUCGACUACUUCGAUGACGAUCCUGUUGAUCAACACGUCUCACAGGAAUUGUUGCAUUCACAUGAUACCUUGGUACCCUGUUGA